GAAAAAACAAAAACGCUCUUACUCGUUUACACUGUUUUUUUUGGAACCGAAAAGUGGAUACAAGAUCGUGGUGGUUGCGGAUUUGAAGACAAAUUUCAAUUCACCGCAAAGAAAUGUCUCUCAGGCGAUUUCGAACUGACAUAUGACAAACAUCGGUUUAAGGAAAGCGACUUGGUGAUAUUUCACGCCAGAGACAUGCCGGAUGUAGGGCAUCUUGGAACACUGUUGAAAGACAGGCCCAAAUCGCAACGCUGGGUGUAUGCUUUGUGGGAAAGUCCAAAUGCAACACCAAAUCCAACCCCGUUUAACGGGCUGUUUAAUUUAACAUGGACGUAUAGGAGUGAUUCAGAUUUCUGGUCGCCAUACGGAAGCUUCGUAGUACUAAGUGAAGAAGAGAAAAUUAACAAAACGCGAAAUAUUCCGGACUAUUCCCAAGGAAAAACCGAACUAGUGGCCUGGAGGAGUAGCAAUUGUCGCGCUCAACCUCGAAUAUCUUUAGUACAAGAACUAAAAAAAUACAUUAAAGUUGACGUGUUUAAAAGUUGUUCCGAAAUGUUUGGGCAGAGAAGAGGUUGCCCUGGUCCAAUGAGCAAUUGCCUUCAAAAAAAGUACAAGUUCUACUUGUCAUUCGAGAAUGCUUUAUGCGAGGACUACAUCACUGAGAAGUAUUGGAAUGUACUUGGUAAGAAUGCAAUUGCACCUAAUUUUGAUUACUCAUAAUACUGCGACUGUAUGAUAUACUACUGUAGCGAUAUACUAGCAGUAACCGACGGUUAAGAAGUGCGGCGAACGUGUGCGUUUACCGUAAAGGUGUGAUUGAUGUUGAAAACUGCUUUAAUAAUUGUGUACGUGAAUAAGGCCCAGUUCAGAUGUCGACCUUUUCAUGUACUGAACUUUACCCAUUCAAUUAAGUACAUGAAAAGGUCAACAUUUGCAUUGAAUCAAAAAUGUUCCACAUGUCUAACUUGGGUCAACCCAUGAAUUAUGAUCGAGUGGCCCACAUGGGAAUUUCGACUGUUGCUUAUAUUUUUUUGCCUCGAAUGAGUGACUCAGUGUUUAACAUCAAUCUAUGAUCGGCUUUUGGUUGCUAUACUGUAAAACAGGGUGUGUGUGUGUGGAGAGGGAGGGUUGGUGGAACUCUCUUAUUUAUUUAUUUCCCAGUUUUUUUUUUUAUAGAGACUUUAGAAAAUUAAUUAGAACCUGUUUUAAAUUUUAGGCUAAACCGGUUCUUGUAUUGAGGGGCCCUAUCUGGAAAAAUUUAGCCUUAGUUGCGGGUCUUUACUGUAUGCUUAUUCAAAAUUUGGGCAAAACAUUCUCUUAUGGGGUCUUUGAAAAAAGAGGAUAAGUCAUUUUUGGCCAUGCAUGCUUUGCUUUUUAUAACACACUUGUACUUCAUAAUUUCACUGUGCAUGGUUGGAGGAACUCCCUUAUGAAAGGUGUGAAGGUUGACGUUGUCUCCUCUUGGGGACUUGCAGUUUUUGGUAUCACUUAGGUUGGCCUAGGCAAUUUUCCUCAUUUGCACAGGUGUGAAAAAAAUGACAACUCGACUAUCACAAUGAAAAAAUUAUAUACAAUGUAAGCUCUUCUUUGACAGGCUGUUUUAGCAUUUGUAUUGGUUUGCUAGGGGGCACACAUAGCUUGAACCCCACCCAAAUUAGCCUCCUUAAGAGGUUUAAUUCCAGUCUACAGACGAGUUUCACAUGGGGUCCUCACCCCCUGGGCUGUGAAACUUACGCUGAAUCCCAUGAAAUUAACUUAUAACUGUUACUUUAUGUUACAAAAACAAAUUAUUGAAGCCUUUUUUAAAAUAAAAAGAUGACAUCAAAAUUAAAUUCUGCUGUUUAAUCUAAGAAAAAUUUAACAUUAACAUUAUCAAUGAUUAUUUAUCAGUACUGUUGUUUCACAGACGUAUUGAGUGGGCCCCCUGUGAAAAGGGUGUUGUUAAAUAUUUAUGGUCCUGUUUUCCAUGCUCAUAGAACACUUAUUAGGAUAACCUUGUACCUAGAAAGCUUAACAGGAGUAUUUUCAUGUUAGGGCCUGUUUACAAGGAGAGAAGGUCACCCUUGUUCUAGGGUUACCCUAGCAAGCGGGUUAAAGAAAGCCCAGGUUUAAUUUACAACCAAAAUUUCGCAGGCAAGGUAACCUUUUCAAUUGGGUCUCCUUUACCAGCUUUGUUGGCGUGUUUUGUCACGCAUGACCACAUAAGACAAAAAGAACCGUUCUUCGUAACGUUCCAGAUUUAAAAGAAAACUUGAAGUUCUCUAUGGAACGCAGGUUAAAUUCACAAAAAGAAACGAAAAAAUAUUAUCAUCGUAUACAGAAAAUGUCGUACAUUGUACAUUUUUCAGAUGUUUAUAAUUUAGGUCAGAAAUUGGAUAACUCCGUUCAAAUUGUCAGGAUUACUGGUCACGCGUGACGGAGAAAGGUUGUCCCGGGUAGGCGAGUUAUCCCUGGCAGAGCAUUUACAAGGCAGACAGGGUAACCCUCUUGCUAGGGUAACCCUAGCACUCAAUUAGGGUUACCCUGCUAGUCCAGAGUAACCCGAUCUGCCUUGUAAACAUGUCGUGUAAACAAAGAAGGUGACCUUUUUGCUGGGGUAACCAUUGAACCAGGGUUCCCCUUCCUCCUUGUAAACAGGGCCUUAGGGGAUCCUCAAUAGGGUUCUUCAAACCCCUCAUCCCGACCCAAACGUUCGCGCAAUCCCGUAAUCCCGAUGGUUAUAAUCGGGAUGCCGCAUUUCUAUGCAUACUUUCCAUCCCGAAACACAACCCCCUCCCCCACACCCUCCCCCCCACACCCGCCAAUUUCCUUCAAAAUCCCAAAACCUGGUAUUUGAAAUAAGGCAAAUCUUGCAUUCUGAAAAACUGUAAUACAGUAAUAGAAAGUAAUACAAUUAUAUUUUUCAAUACAGGUGAAGACCUCAAUGUUGUCCCAGUUGUGAUGGGAGGUGCAGAUUACACCAAGCUGGCUAUUCCUGGGUCUUACAUCAAUGUUUUGGACUUCAAAACUUUGAAACAACUGGCGAAUUACCUUCAUUAUUUGGACACCAACAAUACCGCUUACAACGAAUACUUUAAAUGGAGAUUAAAAUACAAAGUGUUUCGCAGAAACCUUGAUUUAUCGUUGUGUCAAAUAUGCAAAUGGUAUGUUUCAAAACCACUACUUGUGCCAAAGGUUUAUCAUGAUCUUGCAGAUCAUUGGGUGACAAAAGGAAAAUGUAAUGCGAAAAAUCACCUUGUCACAAAUAUGUGGGAAACUUAA